CUCAUUUCCUCCAUCAUCUAUAGGUUGAAGGUUUCAAAGUCGAUUCGGCCUGGAUAUCCGUGCUCGUUCCAAGAUCACAGGAGAAUUAAUACCUAUUGAUCCCUAAAUACCCCGCUACCGAUGCCCCGCACCUACGGUAAAUCCCAAGGAAAAGCGAAGCAGACGCGGCUUUCUUUCGUACCAGCAGCUUUCCCCCCAGAAGAUCACGAUGAUGACGGUAACCGCCAUGCGAGACUUCGAUACUCCCAUCCUUCGAUGUCGACUCUACGACGCGGCCGUUCAGCUGCAGGCAAGAAUGCUCCUACGCCGCUUGUGAAAAUCGAUCCUGUACCAGAGGAAAGCUCGCGCCCUGGGCCGGAAAAGUCUUCUCAAAAACGUUCUCGAAGGAAACGAAAAGGCUCGCCAUCACCUCGCUCUACCCCUCCUUCUCCUCUCCCCCCACCCGCCGAUUCAGACAGCGAAAGCGACAUAGAGGUCUUACGUAGUGCGCGCAAAAGCACGAGGGCCAAAAAUCUGAAACGGAAGAGGUCUACCGACAGUCUUGAAUCUGAAAAGUCCCAUGCGUCGGAGGAGAGUGAUGCGGAAGAAACAGUUUCUCGGCCUCGUCGCAAGUUGAGGCGAGGUGCAGCUCAGCAACCUAUUGUACUUGAUGAUGGUUCUUCGGACUUGGUUUCAGCCGAAGAAGUUCUUUCUAAUGCCCCGCGCACGCCACUCCGCGACCAGACCCAGGAUAGAAUUGACUUGGAGGAGGACCUCGAAGCACUACAGGACUCAGUCGUAAGGGAGUCGCGAACUAGAGGGAAUAUCGCAAAUUCCGCCAGGGUCCAGAGGCAACAGCACCUCGAAGCCUUGCGUCGCCGAAGGGUCGGCAAAAGGGAUGAUGAUAACGGGGACGAUCAGCAAUCUCCUGAAUCAAGGCUGUCAGAACCGCAAAGUGAGGGCGACGGCGAAGAGCGUUCGAUCAAACAGCCCCAGUUUCGGGGAUGGGCGGGUGAAAGCGGGAGCAGUGAUGUCGAAUCUUCGAUAGGCAAGAACGAAGACCUGGAUAAAUAUGAAGAAGAUUUUGUUAUAGAAGAUGAAGACGAUAAGCUUGGUGUCCCCAAUGGCCUUGAAGAUAUGCCUAUCGAGUUUUCUCGACACUCAUACAAGCAGUUGAAAGACUACUUCAAGGACGCAGUGGAGUGGAUGGUGUACAACCAACUCAAUCCAGCAUUUCCUCGUUCCCAUCCCAUGUACCAGGUUGCUUUUGGCAAACUGGAAGCUGAAGUUAGAGGAAGGACCGGGUCGCAACUAGUCUCGUCAGUUUGGAACGCCGAUUUUCGCAGGGCUCUUCUAGCACGGCCCCAGAUUGAAAUUACGUCGUACCCAACUGAAGCCUGCCAUCCCUGCGAUGCGUGCAAUCGGUCUGGCCAUCCUGCAUCGUCCGACGUCAAACUCUCCGGAAAAGCAUACUCUCUGGAGACUCUCGAGCCACUAUCAGAUGCGGACAGUGAUGAUGACGACUCAGUUGAUGAAGCAAACUGCCGAGAGAAAGACCGUGAUGGUUAUAGCCUCCCAGAUGACGAUACUCGAUUCUAUCUAGGAAGACACUGUAUGAAAAACGCGCAAAUGGCGCAUACGCUAACUCAUUGGCGCUUUCAUCUCAAUGAAUGGGUCAUCGAACACCUACGUGUCACGGGCUAUAUGUCGGAUGCGAAAACCGUUGAACGAAGCCACCUCAGCCAGAAAAAGAGGACAAAACAUGCCAUAAAGGCUGUUGAGAAGAUGGUGAAGAGGGGGGAAAUCAAGAAGUUAUGGCGCGACUUUCAUAUUAAUUUGAGAACCGCCAGGGAGUUAACGGCAGCCUGAUCCCAGCAGAUGGUAAUUGACCCCAGAGCUACAGAUAUUUUCCCUUUCAGCAUUUAAGUAUUCAAACCGCACUACCUGUUUGGUUUAUAACCAAGUCUCAUCCCUCGGUCCCGGGAUGUACAUCGGUUUACCCCAUUGAUAGUACAUCGACAUGCCCCCAACUUCGCUGUUUAUUUUGCACGUUAUUUUAAUUUUUUUUUUUUUUUUUUUUUUUUUUU